AUGGCGGUGCGUGAACGCGCGGCGGCAGCAAUGGCCGCUCUGGAGCGGCGGGUGCCGAGUCUCGAUGACUUCGCGGGACAGAGCUGGAGCUCGUGGGUGGAGCGGGCCGAGCUGCCCGCGGCCGACGGGGCUGAGUUGGAGGAGAGUAACAAAAACCUGAAGAAGUUGGAUGCCAUGACCCUCAUUAAAGAAGACAUGUCCAUCUUCGGGCACUGCCCUGCCCAUGACGACUUCUAUUUGGUUGUAUGUAACCAUUGCAGCCAAGUGGUGAAGCCUCAAGCUUUCCAGAAGCACUGCGAAAGAAGACAUGGGCCGCUCAGCAAGCUUUACGCCCGGGCCCCACCUCCACCUCCAGCCCCUGCCAGCUCUCAGAAAUGCCAUGUAGUGAACGGUCAGGGCCCAGCUUGUAGGGCCCCAGGUUCCACCAAAACCUCCUCCAGGGAGAAGGGCCAGGGGUCCCGGAGCCGUGGCCACCAGCCUCCUGAGAAGACCCAGAAGGACAACCUCUGCCUUUUCGUGCCUGUGGUGAAUCUGGAAAAGAUGUCCAGUCUCCCGAAGCCCGAUGGACACGGAAUCAGGGUGGCUCCACCCUCUGCUUUCCUCAGCCAGCCGGCUGGCCUCAGCAAGGACUCCCCUGGAAAAAACCCCAUGGCAUCCCCUUCUAAAGAACUUCCUGGCAGAGGGAGCAUCGAGAUAACCCCCAGCGAGGGCCCUAGUCACCGGGUUGAAAGCAGCCCGUCUGAAAAGGAGCCUGUUGGGGCCAGGCUGCCCCCUAAAACCCACCGGAAGAUGGCUCGGAAGGAGUGCGACCUCAACAGGCAGUGUGGGGUAAUAAAUCCAGAGACCAAAAAGAUCUGUACCCGCCUGCUGACCUGCAAGAUCCACUCCGUGCACCAGCGCAGGGAAGUCCAGGGCCGAGCCAAGGACUUUGACGUGCUGGUGGCAGAGCUGAAGGCCAACUCCCGCAAAGGGGAGUCUCCCAAGGAGAAGAGCCCAGGGCGCAAGGAGGCAGCUCUUGAGCGCCCCUCCCAGGAGCCCCCCUCCUCAGUCCAGGUUGUGGCAGCAGUGGCUGCUCCCAGCAGCACCUUCUCUGCUCGUGCCAAGCAGACCUACCCAUACUGUGCACUGCCCAGGUCCCGGGCCUCCUCUGAGAGUGAGUUGGAUGAUGAAGGCCCCUGUGGUGGUGAUGGGGACCCAGGCCUGUUCCCCUUCCCCCUGCCCCGGGGUGGUGCCCAGGCCUCCAGCGAGGAGAGUGAGGAGGAGGGGACAUCUGAUGACCUCCACCUCCCCACUGACUGCCAUUAUGCAACCCGGCCCCCUCGGCCGCAGGCGUUCUGCACCUUUGGGAGCCGGCUGGUGAGUCCAGGAUGCUACGUGUUUAGCCGCCGGCUGGACCGGUUCUGCUCGGCACUCAGCUCUAUGCUGGAACGGCACCUCAGCUCACACAUGUGGAAGAAGAUCCCCCCGGCGGCUGAGCCUCCAUCCCACAUUGUCAGCUCCCCGCCAUCUGCUCCCCUGAGCCCAUCCUCUACGGGCAGCUGCCCCCGCCUUCCAGGCCCACCCCCCAGACCCGCCUGCCCAGCCUCCACACCCCCCACCAAGGACAGCCUUGGCCCCGGCUACCCUGCAGGCUCCCCCAACGUGGCAGCCGCCUGCAGCCAGGCGGAGUGCAUGGGAGGGAGCCAGGCUAUCACCUCACCACUGCCUGCCAACACACCUUCCCCAUCCUUCAGCAAGCUCCCACCUUCCAAGGCCAGCAAGUCAUCCAAAGGCAAGGACGGGCUUGAGGUGGAGGCUCCUUCUCGAAAGCGAAAGUUAUCCCCUGGGCCCACCACUUUCAAACGGACCUGCGUCCUGGAGGCCACUGGAAAAGGCAAACCCUCUGGCUGCCGGGGCCUCUCGGCCAAGACUAAAACAGCCCUGGGCAUGGGGCUUAAUGGGACGGUGGAGCCAAGAGUGAAGCGGGCAGGGCCCCUGGACUGUCGGGGUUCCCCUCAUCAGCCCCCCACGCCAGUCAAGGCGUCUCAGCUGGACAACCAGGGAGCGGCUGGACACCCGGCCAAGGCCCUGCCGACCAACUGCCUCUCUGAGGAGGAGGUAGCCAAGAAGCGGAAAAACCUGGCCACUUACUGCCGGCCAGUGAAGGCCAAGCACUGCCAGGCUGGUGCCCCUGCCGACGCGGCCUGCUCUGUGCGCCGCAAGAAGCCGGGUCCAGCCCUGGCCUUUGAGGAGAAGUGUUCUACACUGAAGAGGGAGCCGAGACUGACCCGGUGGCUGCGGAGAGGCAGUGGGAUCUUGGCGCACCUGGUCGCUUUGGGCUUCACCAUCUUUCUGACAGUGCUGUCCCGGCCAGGAACCAGUCUUUUCUCCUGGCACCCUGUAUUCAUGGCCUUGGCGUUCUGCCUCUGCACGGCUGAGGCCAUCCUGCUCUUCUCACCUGAGCACUCCGUGUUCUUCUGCUGCUCCCGAAAGGCCCGGAUUCGACUCCAUUGGGCAGGGCAGACCCUAGCCAUCCUCUGCGCAGCCCUGGGCCUGGGCUUUAUCAUCUCCAGCAGGACCCGCAGUGAGCUGCCCCACCUGGUGUCCUGGCACAGCUGGGUAGGGGCUCUGACAUUGCUGGCCACUAGCAUCCAGGCACUGUGUGGGCUCUGCCUCCUCUGUCCCCGGGCAGCCAGGGUCUCAAGGGUGGCUCGCCUCAAGCUCUACCAUCUGACAUGUGGACUGGUGAUCUACCUAAUGGCUACGGUCACAGUGCUCCUGGGUAUGCACUCUGUGUGGUUCCAGGCCCAGAUCAAAGGUGCAGCCUGGUACCUGUGCCUGGCGCUGCCCCUCCAUCCAGCCCUGGUAAUCAUGCACCAGAUCUCCAGCUUCUACUUGCCAAGGAAGAAAAUGGAAAUGUGAAUUCCUCCAAACUGUGAAUCAAAAUGGGACACUUGACUUGGACUUCAGUGGUUCCUUUGGUGACCUUCAGGGAUCCACUUCAGAAGUGGUAGGGUUUUUGUAUUUCUUAGCUGGGCUAGGGGCUGCGGAAACCCAAACUGCCGUUGCUGACAGAUGACUCAGUGGGCCAAAAUGGGGAAAUGUACGGGGCACAAGUGAAAGGUGAUGGGGAGCUUGAUCCUGAAGCCUCCACUCUUGAUGGGAGACAGAAGUGUUGGGUGGUGGUGGUGGUGGUGGUGCUGGCAGUCAUUUCUUGCUUGCAUGCCUGGUGAAAAGUUGGAUUCCUGCAACUUAUGAAUGACAGCGAUGGCUCUUUGGGUCACUUUGAGAAAGCAGUGUAGUGGAGAGAGCCAGUGGGUCUUGUUUAUGGGGUAUGGUCCUUGUACACUCUAUUGUGGGACCUUAUGCGAGUCACAUGUCUCAGGACCUCAGUUUCCUCAUCUGUGUAAUGAGUGAUUGUUUCUAAACAAUCUCUCUUCUUAACAUUCAGUGUCUGUCAAGUUGAUGUCACAGAACACCCUCCCAGGUCUGAACCAUGGGCUGGCCCA